CUCCUCUGUUUUUCUCCCUAGGAUCAUGCGCCCAGAUGAUGCUAACAUCGCAGGCAACGUCCACGGAGGGACCAUAUUAAAAAUGAUUGAGGAGGCAGGAGCCAUCAUCAGCACCCGCCAUUGCAACUCACAGUCUGGGGAGCCUUGCGUGGCUGCCCUCGCUCGCGUGGAGCGCACGGACUUCCUCUCGCCAAUGUGCAUCGGCGAGGUGGCCCACGUCAGUGCCGAGAUCACUUAUACAUCUAAACACUCCGUAGAAGUUCAGGUGCAAGUAGAAGCCGAAAACAUCCUCACAGGUGCUAAGAGAGUGACCAACAAGGCCACUUUGUGGUAUGUCCCGCUUUCUCUUCACAACGUGCACAAGGUUCUGGAAGUGCCUCCCAUUCAGUUUGCGAGGAAGGAACAAGAGGAAGAAGGGAGGCGACGCUACGAGCAGCAGAAGCUGGAGCGUCAGGAAACCAAGGAGCGGAACGGUGAUGUCAUUCUGCCCGUGAUCAAUCCAGAGCCCUACACUGUUGGAUACAGCCAGUCAAGUCUGAUCCAUCUGGUGGGACCAUCCGAUUGCACCAUGCAUGGAUUUGUACAUGGAGGCGUGACAAUGAAACUCAUGGAUGAAGUCGCCGGAAUUGUCGCCGCUCGCCACUGCAAGACCAACAUCGUGACCGCCUCUGUGGACGCCAUCAACUUCCACGAGAAGAUUAAAAAAGGGAGCGUGAUUACCAUUUCCGGCCGCAUGACCUUCACGAGCAACAAGUCCAUGGAAAUCGAAGUCUUCGUCGAUGCCGACCGUUUUGUGGGGGAGCCCCAGGAGCAGUACCGCGCGGUCAGUGCGUUCUUCACCUAUGUCUCCCUAAGCAAGGAGGGAAGACCGCUCCCCGUCCCGCAGCUGGUGAUGGAAACGGAGGAUGAGCGGCGACGUUUUGAAGAAGGGAAGGGUCGUUACCUUCAGACGAAAGCCAAGCGCCAGGCACAGAUCCAGCCGCUGACGCAGCAGUGACAUUCGGCUACUUCUGGGCGAGCGACACCGUCAGUCCCUUGUUGACAAACCAUUCCAUAGGCCCGGCUGGAGGGAGGGGGCCUGCGACAAACUCCCGAGGCCCAUCGCCCUCUCCUCUCUGGCGAAGAUUCGUCCCAUGUUCUCUGUCAUCAUCGUAGCUAGCCCAGUGGGCACUUUAGGAAGCGUAGGGCACGCUGGGGGGGGGGACAUAUCUGAGCCUGGGGCAAAACAGCAGAGGUGGGCCAGGUGGACCAGCCAGACAGGCUGUUUUUACAACUGCCUUGUUGGCAAGGGUAGAAACAUCCAGCUUGAGAAAGAACCAUCUCAACCGUCCCAAAACACACGCUUUAAUUUCACGCCUUCCCGUGAAGGCCAGCACCUCUCUUCACGGCCCUGUCAGGCUCAGACAUUGCUCGAUGUCCCCUCUUGCUCCUUUCCCUCCAUCUUCAGUGUGUGUAUCCAUGCAGAUGUAUAUGUGUGCCUAAUUUAUUCAAUGACAAUUGCAAAUAAAGGUUUGGUGCCUUUAA